AUGUUGGCUUGCACGGAGAUGAUCACCAUGUGUCUUCAGUCAGCUAAGCGCAAGCAUGUUUGGGCUCAACAACAACAGCAGCAGCAGCAGCAACAACAACAGCAGCAGCAGCUUGGCAACGGACGAGGGCUCAGCAUCCUUCAUGAUAUUUUCCGCCGGGCAGACAAAAACGAUGAUGGCAAGCUGUCAUUCGAGGAGUUUAACGCUUACUUCGCUGACGGCGUCCUGACAACGGCGCAACUGCAGGAGCUUUUCUAUUCUAUCGAGGGGCGACAGAAUAACAAUCUGGACACUGACAAGCUGUCAGAUUAUUUCUCUGAGCACUUGGGCGGGUAUCUGAAUGUCCUCUCAGCCCUGGAGAAGUUGAAUGUGGCCGUUCUAAAGGCCAUGUAUAAAACUAAAGAGGAGUACCACGACUCCAGCGUCCUGGGUCAGUUCGUAACCCGCUUGCUCCUGCGAGAGACGUCUGCUCAGCUGCUGUCCCUGCAGAGUUCACUGCAGUGCGCCAUGGAGGCCGUGGACCAGGAAAGCACCCCCGCUCUUGCAAAGCUGGAAUCAAGCGGCCAAAACUAUGGUCACUCUGUCCCUAAAAACGACCCGAACGACGUCACCCGACGCUCCCUAAUCGCAAACGAGGAAGAAGAGUGGAACUCCCAGAUUACCAGGCUCCAGCAGUUGCUUGAUAAACUGGAACAUCAAAGUCCAAAGUUGGAGCCUCUGAAGAAGGACACCUCCACAUCUACAGCUAACAUUCUGCUGGUCCAGAGGAAAAUGACUGUGAACGAUAAUGAUCUGGACAUGUUCCACAAAUUUCUCAAGAACUACGCGGAUGCAGCGUCGGUCCACUCGGACAACAUGCAUGUGUCUGUUCAGAAAGCUACAGAAAAGCCGUCUUUUGUGAUUUAUGAAUUCUGGAAAGACCGCCUGUCCUGGAUGAGCUACCAGCAGUCCAACAGCAGCAAAGACUUCCAGCGGUGCAUCAUCAACAUGCUAGAUGAACCUGAGACUGUAUCUACAAUGUUGCUUCCAGCAUCCUGGUGGAUUAUGACUAACAACUGA